AUGGCUGAGAAAUUUACAGGUUAUGAUAAUUCAGGAUAUGUAGUCGAUCGUCCGGCGUAUGUUAUCAGUACUACACAUGGAUUGAUAGUAACCACGAAAUUGCAAAAGAAUGAAGAUGAAAACAACGAGGAUGACGAUGAUAAGAAUAAUAGAGAUUUUGAAAAGCUUACUGAUGAUGUUCAUCGAAGCGGGUUAUUAAUCUUCAAUUUGCGAAAGCAAUUUUUUCGGAUGAUCGAGCAACGAAAGAAAACAGUGAUUUAUGGAGUAAAAUCAGUCUUUAUAAUUGCAUUUAUCAUUUAUUUCGCAUUUGCAAUGAGCGAAAAGUAUGGAACACCAGCAUUUCCUAUUCGCGGCAAUCUUUUCCGUGGAAAUUCAGGUUUUGCCUUUUUGUUUCUGAUUUUCUUUUUCUUCUUCAUCUUCGCUUGGGAACGAAUUCUCGGUCGUACAUUGGCACGGUGGUACGAAAAUCUUCCGAUAGCUAAGUACAAACGUGAAAUAUCUACGUUUUCAUGGGUGUGGCAUCUGUUCGUUGUUACAGCUAUUGUAUUCUAUGUUGGAUUCACAGUUACGCGUGCACGAAACUAUGUGUCUCUUCUCGGUAUUGUCAUCUUAGUUUUAUUGGGUACCAUCGGUUCCAAAUAUCCUCAUCGAAUUCGAUGGAAAACAGUGUUUUAUUCGUUUGUGAUUCAAUUUCUUCUGGCGACGAUUGUCAUACGAUUUGAAUUUGGCUUCCAAUUCUUUGAAUUUCUUGGCAAAGAAGUGUCGACAUUUAUUCAUAAUGCUGACGCGGGAGCAAUGUUUGUCUUUGGGAAGACUUAUGAACAACAUUUCUUCGUCUUUAAAGUCACAUCGAUUAUUAUAUUUCUUGGUUCAGUCAUCAAUGUUCUAUAUUAUUUGGGUGUGAUGCAGUAUAUAAUCGGAAAAAUAGCGUGGUUUAUGCAGAAAUGUCUGAAUACAACAGCGGCGGAAUCGAUGACUGCUGCAGCUAAUAUAUUCGUUGGAAUGAGCGAAGCGCCAUUGAUGAUUAUGCCAUUAGUUCCACAGAUGACCAUAUCAGAACUUCAUUCUGUUUUAGUCGGUGGUUUUGCAACAAUGGCAGGUUCCGUCCUUGCAACGUUUAUUUUCUUUGGCGUUCCGGCCAAUCAUUUAAUCGCUGCUAGUGUCAUGGCCGCUCCAGGCGCACUUGGAUUUGCAAAACUCUUAUUGCCUGAAACUCAUCAAUCGAAAACAACUUGGGAAGCAGUAAAAAACACACCACCACCAGACCAACAUAAUGUAAUUGAUGCAUUACUAACGGGUGCAGGUCAUACAUUGAAAAUCUGUGGUUAUCUGAUCGCGAAUCUGAUCGCAUUUAUAAGUGUUCUUCAUUUUGCCGACGCGACGAUUUCAUGGUUUUUUAAUUUGAUUCAUCAUCCGGAAAUCAAUUUUCAAUUUCUACUCGGAUUGAUCUUCUAUCCGUUUGCAAUUAUCAUUGGUAUUCCAAUUCAUGAUUGUCUUUUAGCAUCGAAACUGAUCGGUAUUAAAGUUAGUUUGAAUGAAUUCAUAGCUUAUCAAGAACUGGGUAGAAUCCGUCAGUUACGUACUGAACUGAUCUUGAAUAAUACAUUUCCAUUGUAUCUAAAUGGUACACUACAGUUACCAAAUGAUGUUCAGAUGCUCUGGGAGGACAGCUCAGUAGUUAUUUUAACCUAUGCUCUAUGUGGGUUUGCUAAUUUCGGCUCGAUGGGUAUCGCUUUAGCAACAUUAGGAGUUUUUGCACCAACACGAAAACGAGCGUUAGUCAAAAUUGCACCACGCGCCUUGAUCGGAGCAAAUAUGGUUUCGUUGAUGACUGCAUCCAUCGCUGGCUUAUUGUACGAUGCUCGACAUGCAGCAACCGCUGUGCCCAAUACCAAUUUUACAAGUGUAUAA